GCAAGAGAGAGGGGGAUGGAAUAGAGCGAGCCAGAGAGAGGAAUCCCCCUGUUCAAACAAAAGCAGUUGUCAGGGCGUGUGUCUGCCUGCAUGCGCUCAUAGUCCAGACCUAUCCGAGGCUGUGAUGCUGCAAGCACAGACGGACUAUUUUCUUGCCUAUUUGAGAAAGGAGUGUCAGUUCUUUUUGUAUGGCUGCAUCUUCACAUGUGGCAUCACUCCCCUUUGGAGGAGUUCAUCCCAAUCAACGUGACUGAGACGCGCCUGCAGUUUUCCAGGAAAUACAUGUUCAUUUGUGCAAUCUAGGGGGACAACUUGGCCACAAAUUGACAGGAUGCCAUCAGUGGAAUCAUCUGUCGGGAUUUGGUGAGCCGGUUGCGAUAUGACGGGUCAGGCCCUGAGGGAACCUGGUGGCAGGGCUCCCGCAGGGGACAGUGCCGCUAUCCGCAUCAACGUGGGUGGCUUCAAGAAGCGUCUCCACACAGACACGCUGUCUCGGUUUCCGGAGACACGGCUGGCGCGUCUUCUCCAAUGCCGCUCCAAGGAGUCCAUAUUGGAGCUGUGCGACGACUAUGAUGACGCAGAAAAAGAGUUUUACUUUGACAGGAACCCCACACUUUUCCCCUACGUGUUGAAUUUCUACAACACGGGCCGGCUGCAUGUCAUGGCCGAGCUGUGCAUCUUCUCUUUCAGCCAGGAGAUCGAGUACUGGGGCAUUAACGAGUUCUUUCUCGACUCCUGCUGCAGUGGCUCCUACCACUGCCGGAAAAUGAAUCAAGACCGGGAAGAGUGGGAGGACAGGAGUGACGAAGGAAGCACCACUUCCUCGUUUGACGAGCUGUUGGAGUUCUACAAUGACGCCACUAAAUUUGACAAGCAGCCGCUGGGGAGCAUCCGCAGGCGCAUUUGGUUGAUAUUGGACAACCCAGGCUACUCUGUGGCCAGCCGCGUGAUCAGCAUCUUCUCCAUCCUGGUGGUGCUUGGCUCCAUCGCCACUAUGUGCAUGAACAGCAUGAGUGAGUUCAGCCUCUUAGACGCCGAGGGGCAGCCCAAGGAAGACCUGCGCUUUGAGAUCGUGGAACACUUAGGCAUCGCCUGGUUCACACUGGAACUGCUGGCCAGGUUCGCAGUGGCCCCGGACCUUGUGCACUUCUUCGAGCUCCCGUUGAACGUGAUCGACUUGGUGUCCAUACUUCCCUUUUACUUGACGCUCGUCAUCAACCUGGUGGUGGAGAGCAGCCCGGCGCUGGCCAACCUAGGCCGCGUUGCUCAAGUGCUGAGGCUCAUGAGGAUUUUCCGCAUUCUGAAGCUGGCGCGCCACUCGACCGGGCUGCGCUCCCUGGGGGCCACCUUGAGAAACAGCUACAAGGAGGUUGGCUUGCUGCUUCUCUAUCUCGCGGUCGGAGUGUCUUUCUUCUCUGUCAUGGCGUACACGGUCGAGAAAGAAGACAGCGAGGACCUGUCCACCAUCCCAGCGUGCUGGUGGUGGGCCACGGUGAGCAUGACCACCGUGGGCUACGGAGACGUGGUACCCUUGUCCAUUGCGGGCAAGCUGACAGCCUCGGCCUGCAUUCUGGCGGGAAUCUUAGUCGUAGUGCUUCCGAUCACACUCAUUUUUAAUAAAUUCUCCCUGUUUUACAAGAGACAAAAACAACUGGAGAUCGCAAUGCGAAGCUGUGACUUUGACGAAGGUAUCAAAGAGGUCCCCUCGGUCAAUUUGAGGAACUAUUAUGCGCACAAAGUCAAGUCUCUUAUGGCCAGCUUGUCAAACAUGAGCCGGAGUUCACCCAGUGAGCACAGUCUGAAUGAGUCAAUACACUGAGGGUGGUCCUUUGGGCACUGGCCCACGUACCGAAGCAUCUGGCGUUAAAGCCCUAUCAACUUCCAUCAUGUGGGACACAGGGUUGUGGGAAAUUAGAAACACUUUCCAUGGCAAGUUGGAUGUGUUUUGCAAUUGUAGAGUGAUGAACUGGAAAUUUGGGGUACUGACCAUGAAUUUCAUGCAGUUAUAACAAAGAACGUUUUGUUUUAGAUGUUUUCUUUAUUUGAUGCUUUAUAGAAAAUUGUUUUGUUACUGCAGCUCAUAUGUUAAAAAAAACAAAAGUAACAUUAUAUAAUAUGAAGGCAGCACAUUGAUCUAGGGGGCCGGCCCAGAGUUCUGAGAUUUUAAAUCUGAAUCUCAGAUUCGGUCUUUCUGUGUGGAAUUUGCAUGUUUUUCGUGUGUACUCUGGCCUCCGUAUAUGCAGGGCAGAGUAAAUUAAAUAGAAAAUCUAAAUUGUCUAUAGGUGAGAAUGAGUUUUAAUCGUUAUUUCUGUGCCUUGUGAGUGUCUGCUGAUCAUCUAGCCCAAAGCCAGCUGUGAUAAGCUCAUGAACACCAGUAACCUUAGGAGAAAAAGUGGGAUGUAAAUGAAUGCAUUUCAAACAAUCAUCUUGAAUACUUUGUUUUAGAUAUUUUAUAUGUAUUUAUUUUUUUACAUAUUAUCAAUUCUUUGUAGGAAAUGUCUUUGUUGCAGCAGCCACACAGUAGUAUGCAUAAAAGUGGUGUCAAAAUGCAAAGUAAAAUAUGCUUAUAUACAAUUCUGUAAAAUCUGUAACUGUCAAAAAUCAGACCAGGCAAUGAUGUACUCACAUUCUGAAAACAAGUCAAGGCUAUUUUAUCUCUGGAAAAAAAAAAAACUGAAACGGAUUAUCACGUUUUUAAAUUUAUUUCAAUUCAGGGAUAGAUUUGCACCCGUUUAAGUCAGGUGGUUUUAAAUAGGUUUCAAAGACAUCAUUUGUGUGGAUAAGUACAAAAAAAAAAAUACAUUCAUGCUAACAGAUACCCUAAUUUUCAGUUUAUUCAAGUGAUUUGUUCUCAAUGCCCAUGUCUUUCCAUGGAAAGUAUUCAACUUGGAGUUUUGCAACCUUUCCUACUCUUCUCUGUAGCUGCGUGCAAUAAUCUUCGUGUCAGUUCUCAGUGGAAAUAACAGAAAAUUUAGUGGCGUCUGAGUAUAUCAUCUCACCGUGGAGAAACAGUGUUUGACAAAAACAUUCAAUGAAAAAGACUGAGAAUGCCGUGGUCGUUUUUGGUCAGUAUAUGUAGUCCAGCCUUCACCUACUUGUUGUUAAAUCUGAAGUGCACUGUAAAAGGUGUGAUUUUAGGAAGAGUCAAACUUGACAUUGUGGUUUUGCAACAUGGUUACUUCAGAUGUCUGUCAUGCAAAGUGAAUUAAACAAAAGAACUAUGUUAA